AUGGGGGGCAGCUUCGACGGAAGUAGAAGGAAGCACGGUUUCGUUGUCUGAGGUCUGCGCAACGAAGGAGAAGUGGAAGGAGGAGAAGCAGGAGGGGAGGGGAGGGCGAGGGGGGGGUUGGAGGGGGGGGGGGGGGGGGGGGGGGGGGGGGGGGGGGGGGGGUUGGAGGGAGGGGGGGGGGGCUGUGGUUGAGUGUAGGGUCUUGUCGGCGUUCCUUCCUUCUUAACUCUUCUCUCUCUCUGUGUGUGUGUGUUACAGGCUCUGAGUCGUCCAGGUUCAGUCCUUUGGUCUUUGAUCAGUUGAUGGGAAAAGACACUGUCCAGAGGGAAUCGGUGGAAGUCUUAGGGGGUCGUAUAUGCGAUGAUAGUGACCGUAAGAUGGAGAUGGAGAUAGGCCAUGAAAAUGAUCAUUCGAUGGAGGAGAGCACAUCCGCUUUCCUAUUAAGGAAAGAGAGGAGUUGGAAUUCGUCAUGUCCAAGGGUUGAGGAGUCACAUGAAGUCUCGACGGACUGCGUGACUCAGCAAAGUGGAUCGGGCUCAGCAGCUGUGACGGCGACCAUGACCAUGGCUAUGGCGUUCUCCAGUGCAGGGCCUUUUGGCAUCAAAUGGGGCCUUUUUCUAAUUGCCAACGUGGCUAUCAGUCUGGCCGCGCUGGGCGUGUUGGCGGGGGCGGAAUUCUACCCGCGAAAUCGACGGGAAUUGAUUAUUCUGGGAGUGUCAAGCGGUUCCAUUGCAGGUACGCUGCGAUCCUCUCCUCCUUCCUUCUCCUCCCCGUCCUCCUCCGUCUCCUCCUCCUCCUCCUCCUCGUCCCCCUCCUCCUUCUCCUCCUCCUCCCUUCUCCUCCUUCCUUCUCCUCCUUCCUUCUCCGUCUCCUCAUCCUCUUCGUGCUUCUUCGAGGAAGAGGAGGAGGAAGAGGAGGAGGAAGAGGAGGAGGAAGAGGAGGAAGAGGAGGAGGAAGAGGAGGAGGAGACGGAGGAGGAGGAAGAGGAGGAGGAGGAGGAAGAAGAGACGAGGCAAUUAUCGGAGUCACAUCUGCGCACGGACGCGACGCAGCGACAAACAUACAAGAAUGAUAUCACUACGUUAACAACUGGUAUCCGCACAGAGGCAAUACAGCAGCAGCAACAACAUCAACUGUUGAAUUCCACUAUCACACGCGUCAACAGCAUAGAGGCUAACGCCUCAGCAGCGCCAGGCUGCACGACAGACGUGACGAAGCAACUCAACGAGCGCAUCGAKCACGUCGUCACCAUCAUCGGCGACAUAAGUUCUUUCAACGGACCAGACUCGAUCAGCAGCACGGUGGCCGCCAUCAAGACGGACAUCACCAAGCUACGGACGAGACCGGAAGCCGCUACAAAGACGUUCAAGAUGCCGCACUUCGACAUCAGCAAGUUCGACGAUUACAACAAGUCGGACGCCUUGUCAUGGUGGCAACGCUUCCUCACGGAAGCAUCAUGCCGCAUGGUCCUGGCGGACGACAUGCUGAAGGCACUAUAUCUGCAGCUGAUUGGAGGAGCGCAGGGAUGGAUGAACCACCUAGCGGCUACACACAAGUGCACUAUCGCUGAACUCCACACGCACAUUACGUGGAAGGAGUUCGAGCAGCUAUGGUUCACCCGGUUCAUGGUCCGCAACGUCGUGAAGGCGGCCAUGAAUGAGGUGUACACAUGCUCUCAAGGGAACAUGCCAACUCGAGACUGGACAACGAAGUGGCAAAAGAUAGUGACCAGAGCAGGCUUCGACUUGACGUUUUCAAAUCAACGAUCCGAGUUCUUCUCGCGAUCGUGCGCGGGAUUUCGGUCGGCACUCGGUAAUGAGUACGACUAUACCACAUUCCAGGCCAUUCUGGAUCGAGCGAACUUGGUCAUCCAAACGGACGACAAGGCCGCUAACGAGAGACAAUCCCAGCCGCACUAUGUGGCUAAGCAGACCUAUCAACGUCCGACACAUAACAAUGCCGUGUUUUCUGAAGAAAUCGACGACCACCACACUGCAGCAGCAUCCUCGAGUGAUGGAGGAAUUGUCGCAGCGCUCCCGCCGAAGGAUCCGAAGAGAGUUCGCAAGAACAAGGCGACACAAGGGACAGCGGCGACGGGAGCUGGGCAGCAGCCAUGGACGGCUUAUAAGAUCACCAAGGAGGUCUAUGACCUACGUCAGAAGUACGCAUACUGCCUAUGGUGCAACAACAUGGCGCUCUCUCUUUUGCUGUUCUCGACGUCCAAGUCAGAAGUGGCCGCAGGCGGUGAAGACAAAGUGAAUGGCAAGGCGUCGGCGACGAUGAGAUCGUACUGGUCGUGUUGCUGGAAGGCGAAGUCCACCGGCGUCUGUGUGAAGCGAGCACCAAGUGCACCGAGUGACGUGGAGUUUUCGUCCAGGCAGAGUGCAAAGGGCAAUCGCUCGAGCAAAGUGGUGUCAAUGGUAUCAUCGGGCAUUCGGCGUUGCUUCUGGCGGUACCAUCGGGCAUGCGUUGGGAGCGAGGUGGAUGCUGGGCCAGGUGGAGCAUACAUCGCACUGCUCUGUGUGAACCUGACCCUAGCAACACUGUCAUGCACUCUGGCUGCAGCUUGUGACUUCUACACACAUUGGGGCCUGCUUGCCGGUUCUCUUCCUGGGCCAAUCAGUGCCCUCUUCUCAUGGGGUGCAGAUAUUUCAAUAAGUAACCCUGGGAUGGCAGCUGUGUCAAAAGUUGCAGGGUUGGGAAGCAUGGGAGCAGCUGCAGUUGGAGCAGCAGUAGGAACCAUGGGCUCCGCUGCAGGAGUGGCUAUCGGCAACGCAGCUGCGCAGGUGACAGUUGCAAAAGCGGUUGUUGCAUUGUUCUGUGCAGCCUGCCUGUGCAUUGUGGUCCCACUUACCCAUGGUCUUGGCGGGAGAUUGAGGAAUCGUCAUCUGCCGUGGGCGUUCUGGCAACCGUUCGUUGGAGGCUUGAAAUUUGUUGUUAUUCAGGCUGUGGCAUGGUCACUCUUUGCAGCUGCUCUGGUUGCAUUUGGAGCUGCUGCUUAUUGUGCCAUGUUUGUGACGGGCACAGCUAUUGGGCAAGGUUUGAUGGCGUACGCGGGAUUUAGCGGGCUGGCGUCAGAGAUUCUGCUAGCUGUGUCACUGGUUUGCUUUCAGCCGUCCUCUCAGCAAGAAGCAGCAAAGGUGGCAGCUGCACCGACAGUGCCAGUCCUUCGGAAAUGCAUCUCCAUGCCGGUAUUGCGUCAGGCCGAAGACGCAGAGAUGAAGACUAGCUUAGCUGCGACGGCAGGGCCAGUCCUUUCAAAAUGCAUGUCCAUGCUCUUGUGGCGGCAGGCCGAACAUGCAGAGAUGAAGAGAAGUGGAGAUCAGAAAGCAGAGACAAAGAAAGAGGAGACUGAUGCGUUCUUCGAUGUAGGUGUUGCUGCUGCAGACGACUGUGUGGAAGAGGUAGUUUAUCCCCAGCAUUGGAGCAAAGAAACGUUGUGUGCGGCUUUGCGAGGUCCUUGGAAUAUGCAGUCGCUCCCUCCCCAAGACUACUUGACGUGGGCGCUUUUGAGGGUCAAAUGCUGGGCAUCGUUGACGCUGCUCUAUUGUCCACAUUAUCUCUUUCUUGGUGUUGUACUCUUGCCUUUCAUGCUUCUGCCAUCGGUGUUGUCUGUACCUUUGCUCACGCUGCUGGCUGCUGUGUACCUACCUACAUAUCUCGGACAACCCCAUCGAACAGAUCGCCGCACAUGGGAGGCAUCAAAGGGUUUUUUCGUAGGUCUGUUGGAGGAGGUUUCCGUUCAUCACUUUGGUGGCCUGCGCAUUGUCAGAGACUCCACGGAUCCUUUCCCGAGCAAUGGGAAAUACAUGUUUGCGUAUCAUUCUGAGCUUGUGUAUCAUUGCCCCCGUGAGAAGAAACAGGUCGUCUUAUGUUCGAGGAAGAGAGGGUUCAUCAGGGAAGCAAUGGAGGCCGGCGCAUCCCUUGUCCCGGUCUUUUGCUUUGGUGAAGCAUUUGCUCUUCGCAACUUUUUCGAAUGGCGUGUGGCACAGGCUUUGCAGCGAUUAACGUAUCGCCGUCUGGGCUUUCCCGUGCCCUUCAUGCCUGUGGGAGUUGCGGGACUGUUGCCUCUUCCACGUCCAGAGCAAAUUGCAAUUGUGGUUGGCAAACCUAUACCCACAGCGCCGCAGAUAUCGGAGGAGGCCACUGCUUUGUCGAAUUCGUCGAACGACGAUGUGGCUGAGCACAAGGUUCCCGACACAGGCAAGAAAGUAUAUGGCUGCCCUGCUGUUCGAGAGUUAACCGAUGCGGACAUUGAGACUAUGAGAGCGAAGUAUUUCCAGGCAUUGCAGGAGCUGUUUGAAAAACACAAGGCGCAAUAUGGGUAUGGUGAUGUGCAGCUCAUCUUGAAGGACACACCCUGAGGGGGUCCAUCCUCAAAGGGGGGGUGGUGCUAAUCGCUUGGACAAAGUGGAUGAAGCGUAAGCGUUCUCAUUCCAUUUGGUUUUCUUUGGUGGUCAUUAUGUGUGAUUGAUUGAUUGAUUGAUUGACUGAUUAAUUGAUUGAUUGAUAGAUUGAUUGAUUGAUUGGUUGAUUGAUUGAUUGAUUAAUUGAUUGAUUGAUCCUCAGUAAUGCAUGUAGAUCAACCUGGGACGCAGUAUUCCUCGGGGUCUUGCUUUUGGAGCAUUCUUGGCUAGGGCAAGGAUCGUUUGAGGUAUACACAAGUGGAGGAAGGAAGACCUUUUGGUCUGAUUGGUCUGUGGCUCUCGUUGUCUUCGAUCUCUGUAUAUGCACUUCUCACUUGCCCCCCGUUGCCCGUCCUUGUUGAUCGAGAACUGUGCCAUCUGUAGACUGGGAGCGGGGGGGAUGCACCCACGUAGGCUUCCUCCGCCUUUCCCAGGCAAACGUGUGCUUUCGGCUGCUUUUUUGUUGUUGAUGAAUUGAUAUCUCAUAAUGCGAUUCAGAAAACUAUGGCGUAUUUAGUUUUGCCGUUGUUGUUGUUGUUGCACUUCUCGUCCGUAUGGCUCCGUGUGACGUCGGCUCUUUUGUAAAUAUAUGGUCUCCGAUGACAGUCCUCUCUCCUCAACAGUCUUCUGGAUGAUCUUCCCCAUUUUCCCUGUCUUAUGCGAUGCGUUCUACCGACUUGUCGAGGGUCGCAAGCAAGCCAAUGAUUGGAUAUGACUGAUACAACACAUCAGCCCUUUCUCUGCUAAGGGUGGGACUAGUUUGUCUCUGCUCAACAGAGUCUUCUGGAUGAUCUUUUCCCCUUUUCCCCGGUUUUAUGAGAUGUUUGAUUUUACUCUGCUUGUGAGGGAUGCAAGCCAAUGAUUGGAUAUGACAUACAUAUCAAGUAUUAUCAACCCUUUCUCUGUGAAGGGUGGGACCAUGGGUGGGGGGCCAUGGGACUAGUCGGCGCGGGUUUGACACCGUUUGACGGUUUGAGAACGUCAUGAUUUCUGUCAUGGAAAAGGUGUGUUCAUGUCAGGAUCGAUAGAUACUCUUAAUUGUGUCUGCACCUGGACAGCUACGUGUCUACCUUCGGCUUAUCCACCACACAGAAAGACCAAAGCAAGGGCAGAAAGUUGGGUGCGAAGUUGGCGGAUUCUACACUCCGCUCUCUAUUCAAGACCAACGAACGUGGUGAUCAUGCUGAUCGACCUAUCUGAAGUGAUUGCUGGGAAAGAGAUUGUCGGCGUCUUAAGAACUACACUACAGAAACAUACAUGCACAAGGUAUAUUCCAUGGACCAUGGGACUCCUGAAGCUUCAUCGCCCCAAAGCUGUACUGGUGGUUUCGUUUUGGCACUGGCAAGUGUAGGCAAGCUAUUCAAUUGUCUGAUGUGGGAGAGCCAGUCAGAAUUCGGAAGCACCUUCUUCAUCAUACUCCCCGGCUUUCUCCCCCUCCCCCUCCCCCUCCGACCCCCUGGCCCUCAUUAUUUAUGAUUUACUUGUGUAACAACAGCUUGAAGUUCUUGAAGUUUGAAAAUGUUGGACGUCUGUGCAACAUCUGACACGUCUAGUGGCCAUUUGGGUCACGACGUGAUAUGACGGGACAUGACAUGAGACGGCUCGACAUGAAACGACGCGAUGCAUGGUACACUACUCCGUGACGGUGAUUCGUGGCCAUUUGGGUCACGAUGUGAUAUGGCAGGAUAUGACGGGACAUGACUGACAUGAGACGGGUCGACAUGAAACGACGCGACGGUACGCUACUCCAUGACGGCGAUACACGCAGGACGAAAUUGCUGGCCGUUCAAUCCAUGAGCGGUGGUUUCGCCUGAGGUGGAAUUUCCGCACCCUGAAACUUUCUGCUGUGCAGCAACAGUCAAAGGAAGGGGUUUAUUGUUUUAAUUCU